AUGCGAGGGUCUUCACCUCGCCAAUACCCUCCGGCGGACCCAUUACCUGACUUCCACCAAACCGAUCCUGGUCCCAAUGAACCAGAUCCUGGUCCCAACGAACCGGAUCCUGGUCCCAACGAGCCCGAUCCUGGUCCCAACGAGUCCAAUCCUGAUCUCAAUCAGCCUGCACACAAGCUUGACGAUAUCAAAGUCGAGCAUCAUCCUCACAGCCAAAUUCCUUCUACUGUGCAUCGCUUCUCUGAGUUCUCUUGCAGCUGCCCAACAGAAGACUAUGUACCUCAUAACGACUCGCCAUGGGAGCCAUUCCGCACACGGCUUGAUUUCGAAGUAGCAGAGAUUGCACUCGAAGCUGCGAUGACAAAGGAUCAAACCAAUCGCCUUAUCAAUCUCAUACAUCGAUCUGCUAGUGGCAAUGACAUGUUCACACUGCAAAAUCAUGAUGAAGUCCGCUCCCUCUGGGACCUUGCUUCGCAACGUUAUACUAGAUUUCAGAACGAUGCAGUGUCUGUUCCCCUCGGAAAUGAAGUGCGCAAAUUCGACAUGCACUACCGCCCUCUCUGGGAUUGGGUCCUUGACUUGUUGCGAGACAAACGUCUCGCACCUCAUUUUGUAUUUGAUGCUCAAUGUCUCUCAAAAUUCAACGGAGAAAGAUUUGUACGUUUUAUUAAUGAACCAUGGACUGCCGAUGCGUUUUGGAAGGCACAAGUAUGUUUCGACAUUUGA